UUUUUUUUAGUGGUAUAUAUAUAUAUGGCUUCUUCAGAAGAUGAUAACAAUAACAAUAAUGAUAGUGAAAUGGGUUAUCAAUAUAGAGGUGAAAUGAGUUCAGGAUCCAUUUUUAACAACAAAUCUUCAAGUGGGUCAGGUGGUAAUCUAUUUGGGUCAAGUUGGGAUCCACUUGAAAAUUUUGGUGCUUAUCAACAACCACCACUUGGGCUUCAUAAUUAUCAUCAUCAUCAAUCUGGUUCAGCCAUUAGUGAUUUAGUCCCAAAGAUUGGGGGGUCAUUUGGAAAUGGAAGUGAAAGUUUUUCAGAAAUGGUCAAUCCUUUUGUCAACUCCAAUAUGAAUGGUGAAAGAGACCAAAGAAAUGAUGGGUCAGGUGACAAUAAUAAAAAUAAUAAUAAUAAUACUUCUGAAAAAGAUGAAAAGAAGCAAAGGAUUGAUUCAAGAAACAGCAAGCAAAUGGGAAAACAAGUGAAGGAUAAUUCUGAUCCUAAAGAAAACUACAUUCAUAUGAGAGCCAAAAGGGGUCAAGCUACAAAUAGUCAUAGUCUUGCUGAAAGGGUUAGGAGAGAAAAGAUAAGUGAAAGAAUGAAAUUGCUUCAAGACCUUGUUCCUGGCUGCAAUAAGAUAACUGGAAAGGCAGUAAUGCUUGAUGAGAUUAUCAACUAUGUGCAGUCACUUCAACAACAAGUGGAGUUUCUGUCAAUGAAACUAGCUACAGUGAAUCCAGAAUUGAACGUUGACAUUGACCGACUUCUAUUUAAAGAUAUUCUUCAUUCACGGGGAGGCGCAUUGAACCAACCAUAUGGAUUUGGCCCAACAUUAAACUCAACCCAUUCUUAUCCACAUGGGAGCUUGCCUUGUAUUCCAGCUACAACUGCACCGUUGCUUCCUAUCCAUCCUCAGCCUGUAUGGGAUAACGAUCUUCACAAUCUUCUUCAAAUGGGGUUUGAUGGGAAUCCUGGCAUGAAUAAUCUUGGACCGAAUGCAGGACGGACAAAGAUGGAUCUUUAGAAUUUGGGAACGUGGUGAAGUGAUUAAAUUUUCUUCUAACGCAAAACUACCGAGUAGGGAAAAAGUUAAGAUCAAAGAAAGCAAGUUUUCUAGAAAGCAGUGAGUUCGUAUAGGCUAUCCCAACUCCUAACUGUUUGUUCUUCGAGUUUUAGCAGAAGAUGACUCGUUAUUACGAAAUCGUGUACAUUAAAACGGACAUAUAUAAGAAAUCACUACGUGGUUUGGGUAAGAAAAGUGCAUGAAGUUUUAUGAGGUUUAUUUUAGGAUUAAGCAGUUGAAGGGAAAGUUCGCUGUAAAAAGUGUCUGACUAUUAGAAAGUGAGAAAAAUGAUGUUCCUUUAUGAACAAAUAUUUUAGUGUAUUGAUUUGGAAAAUGAUGGCUCUCA